UUGGAUUAACCGGAGGAGAGGAGCACGAGCAAGUAUUCUCAAAACUGUAUCUUUAUGCUAAUGUUCUCAAGCAUAUGUCAAAAAUUAACAGAGCGGAUUUUCUAACAUUAGCCAUCCUCUAUUGGAACUGGAAUAAAAUUCAGAACAUGCCAUUCCUCUUACGCAACAAAUUACAGAGAGCUAGGAAGGAAAUCAGAAAAGGCGUAACAAAAGUUGAAGAAUUGUUACAGUCAUACAACCUUGAAAAUGGUGAUCUCCCAUUGAUUCACAAGGAGCUGGACAGAAAGGCUAUAGAAAUCAUUGACCAACGAAGAACAAAGACUACUCCGGUUGAUAAAUUAAGAAGAAUGCUGGAAGGAUUUUAUGUUCAGCUGAAAACGGUUCGCAUAAAAAUCUCUAAAGAAGCAGAAAAUUCGAAGGCUCGGACAAAGUUUAGGCGAAUUUUAAUUGAAACUAUGAAAAAAGUUUUACAGACAAUUGACCUUUUAAAAUCAAAGGAUAAAGACCUACCAAUCUCUUACGAGGAUUUCAAUCAAGGUAUUUUUCCUUGGGAAGCAGUCAUAAAUGAAAACGACACUAACUUUCCAAAACUUUCGUAUGCCGAUAAAUAUCAUGUUGUUGAUUGUUGGAUUCUUUUGCAAAGAGCAAAGGAGGAAGUUGAACUAUCUAAGAUCAAAAUGAUAAACUACAUUCGAUUCUUGACUGACAAGCAAUUUGAAUUUGAAACUUCUGAUGAGGAAACUGACAAUUCUUACACAAAAUUUGAAUUUUCUGAUGAGGAGACUGAAACACAUUCUAGUGACUCUGAUGAUUAUUAAAUAAACGUAAAAAAUACAAACUUAA